GAGUCUCAAUAAUAUACGAACUAAAAGAUAGUUGAAAGGGACUUAGGUUUGGCAUAAGAGUAAAUAAACAUGGGUUGGAAAUGGUGAAACUUUAGUCAACUCUAAAACUUUACUUUUUACUUUUAGAGUUGCUUUUCUCUGGUUUGUAAUCAAGUCUUUGAAUAUUAUCAGAUGUUUGAUCUAUUUGGAAGUAUAAAUGAGAUGGGAUGUCAACUGACACAGGCUGAGAAAACAAAGAAAGUUCACUUUUCAGUAGCCUUUGGAUGGAGCCUUUGUUUUUUGCUCUUUGGAAUUUCACUUUCGUGGGAAUUUUUUCGUCACCAUUAGUUCUUGUUUGACACAGCAAAGUGUUUAGCAUGCGGAUGAAACACAGAUAGAUUUCUUUGGCAUUGGCGCAAAGGUCAGCCCUCACCAACAAACUGUGGCAAGUCGGCAAUUCACAUGUACAGAUGGAUGAUAAUCUUGGGCUCCAUCAUGGUUUUUUAUUUGGUUGUAUUGUUCUUAACCAGGUAUAUGGUAUAGGUCAUGUUGCUAUAGAGGCACUAAACCAUUGGGAUAGUGUUUCUAGAGAAAUUCCAACUUGGAAAAACCGAAUCUCAAAUAUUGUAAAUAAGAAAAUCAGCGACGUGGACGCCGGAUUUUCAAGUGAGUAUCGAAAAAAAAAUUUUGGAAAAUUAAUUAAAAAAGACAGAACCCUUAUGAAAAGAUGUUUGAUUACAGUAACAUCUUUUAUUUUGUUGUUUUCCUUUGACUUAAUUAUCAGAAUUCUUAGUAUGAUAACUAGUAGGUUGAAGGAUGGAUUUCACAAAUGGAUCGGAUGGAAAUGGAUUUCUGGUUCUUGGGUGGAUUGGAUGGAAUACAUAGUACUGAGCAUAAUGAAGGAAAUCGAUGUUAUAUUUUAUUAUAAUGUGAUGAGAGAAACAUUAGAGCCAUAUAUUGUAUAUAUGUAA